AUGGCGCGCACAAAGGAAGAUGUCGCGUCCAAAGGCGACUCAUCGCCAAAGAUUCCCAAAUCCUCAGCUGGUGUGACCAAGAACACCGCUGAAACUCCUGUCAAGCGCGGCCGUGGAAGACCACCAAAGGGCGCUGCGCCCAUGCCUAAGAAGGUUUACGUCCCUACUGGUCGUCCUCGCGGACGUCCUCCAGGUGGUGGCAAGAAGAAAGCUGCCCCAACACCUAAGAAGGUCGCGGCCGUAAACGAUGAUGGUACUCCCAAGAGAGGACGCGGACGACCUCGCCGGGCUGCCGCUGCUGAAGAUGAAGAGUCCGCUGCUACAAUGCCCAAGGAAACCAAGAGGCGCGGCAGAAAGCCCAAGAGUGCUAGCCCAGCUGAUGCUUCGGCCGACGAGGAUAAGGACGAUGAUGCUGCCGACGACGUCAGUGACAAAGAGGCUUCCGUCGCCGAUUCGCCUGAUAAGGACGAGGACGAUGGCGAAGAGGAGUAA